UUGCAAUAGCUCAUAUAGUUGGUCAUCGGUCAUCAAAGAUCAACGCCCAUUCCAUAUAAAUGUGACCCCUAUCCUUCAUAUUUCUUCACAAACUCAAAUGGCUUAUUUUUCAAGAUUCAUUGUGCUUCUACUCUUACUAGCAUCACUUUCCUCCUUUUGUGCUUCAAACCCAAUUCAAGACAGCUUCCAUCAAUGUCUUUCCCUUAAUACAAUCUCUAUAACACAACUCUCCAACAUCUUUUUCACCCCAAACAACACUUCUUUCACACCCCUCUUGAAUUCAACCGCACAAAAUCUCCGUUGCAUCGCUUCCUAUGCGGUAAAACCCGAGCUUAUUUUCACCCCAUUACAUGAAAGCCACAUCCAAGCCGCAGUUAUUUGCGCAAAAAAGCUUGGGAUUCAACUUCGGGUUAGAAGUGGAGGACAUGAUUAUGAAGGGAUGUCCUAUACAUCCGUUAUGGACCCUCCGUAUGUUGUUAUCGACUUAGCCAAGCUACGUGGCAUCAAUGUUGAUGUCGAAGAUGGUUCGGUUUGGGUUGAAGCCGGUGCAACCAUUGGUGAGCUCUACUAUCGAGUUGCCGAGAAAAGCAAGACUCAUGGGGUUCCGGCUGGGCUAUGCACGAGCCUAGGUGUAGGCGGUCACAUCACGGGUGGUGCAUACGGUUCCAUGAUGAGAAAAUACGGGCUUGGAGCCGACAACGCACUCGAUGCUAAGAUUAUCGAUGCAAAUGGCAGGAUAUUGGAUCGAAAAGCCAUGGGUGAGGAUGUAUUUUGGGCCAUCCGCGGAGGUGGCGGGGGCAGUUUCGGAGUUAUACUUUCUUGGAAACUUAAACUCGUACCAGUCCCUGAAACUGUCACGGUUUUCAAUGUCGUAAGGACAUUGGAACAAGGAGCCACCAAGACUCUUUACAAGUGGCAACAAGUUGCCGACAAACUUGAUGAAAACCUUUUCAUUAGGGUUUUGAUCCAAAAUUCAAACAUACCAAACACAACUCAAAAAACCAUAACUACAACAUACAAUGCACUCUUUCUUGGUGAUGUAAACACACUCCAACAAAUCAUGAGAGAAAAUUUCCCAGAAUUGGGAUUAACAAAAGAAGAUUGCUUGGAAAUGAGUUGGUUGGAAUCCGUCUUGUUCAUCGCCGGCUACCCAAGAAGCGUCCCGACCGCAGCCCUACUCGCCGGAAAACCAGCUUUCUUGAACUAUUUUAAAGCAAAGUCUGAUUUCGUAACAACCCCAAUUCCAGAAGCUGGACUAGAAGGAAUCUGGCAAAGAUUCUUGCAAGAAGAAAGCCCAAUAAUGGUCUGGAACCCAUAUGGAGGAAUGAUGGCUAGAAUAGCAGAAUCAUCAAUUCCAUUUCCUCAUAGAGAAGGUAUAAUUUUCAAGAUUCAGUAUGUGAACAACUGGAUGAGCCCUGAAAAAGAAGCUAUGGACAAGCAUGUUGACUGGAUCAGAAAGCUGUAUGACUACAUGAGUGAAUAUGUUUCAGUGUCUCCAAGACAGGCUUAUGUGAAUUAUAGAGAUCUUGAUCUUGGAAUGAAUGAUAAAAAUGGUGAUGACACAAGUGUUGUAAAUGCAACUUCAUGGGGGACAAGGUACUUCAAAGACAACUUCAAUAGGUUGGUGAAGAUCAAGACUGAGUUUGAUCCUGAUAACUUCUUCAAGCAUGAACAAAGUAUCCCAGUUUUACCCUUGAAAAAAACUCAAAAGUUCCAACGUACCAAGCCGCAUGGGUUAAAGAAAAAGAAGGGUGGAAAGGGCAAAAAGGGUAGGAAGGUAAUUCACCAUUAAGGGUCAUUUUUGUUUUUAUUUUUUAUCUUAUGGCAUGUAAUAACUAAUAACUGGUAAAGAAGCAUGAGAAGUGAUAGUGGAAAAAUGUCAUUCAAGAGAGCGUGUUUGUGGCAAGUCUUUUGGAAAGGAAUAAUAUUAAAGAAAUUUACUGUGUAAGACUCCUAUUGGUUGAUGAGAGAAUCGAAAAUAUUGUCAUUGUUUA